AACAAUAGUAUUUUUUAUCUUUGUUACAUAGUGUUUCAAUUCAUAAAUAAAAUGGGAAUAUUUUCGAUUGUGGAGUUCGAGGAUGGGAUCCAACUUGCCCCCACGUCAUGGAUUUAUUGUGAUAAUAAAAAAUGUUAUUGGCCAAGUUAUACAAAACAAGCAAAGAUUAAUCAGGCUAUUUUUAAUCAAGAAGAUCCGAAUCCAUUAAUAUGGCCGUCAUAUAAUAUAUUACGAAUUUUUGGUACAACAGAUACACAUGCAAAUGGCAUAAAAAAAAUUGAAAAUCGCUGAACAAUUUUCCGAUAUUGAUUCUGGGAAAAAUGACAUUGAAAAAAAAAUAUCUAGACGUGAGCGAGCAAAGAAAAGAAAUUACUAUACUUCUGAUUCCGAAAAUGAAUCAUGUCACAAGCAAAAAAAAACCUGUAAAGAAAUACCGCCUUUGCCCAUAUUGCAAAUAGCAAAGGAACAGUCAAACACUAUUUCGAGCGUACCGGAAAACAUAUUGAAACAGAAGUGUAACAAUGAACUUCAAGAAAACAGUACUUUAUGGCAAGUUCAUCACUUUAUGAUUUUAAAAAACAUGGUUCAAAGAUAUCUUCUGAUAACAUUGAAUCUGACAUCUUAUGCUCGAAACAACAAUCUCUAUCAUAUAAUACAGAUUUUCAAAAAGAAAUUUUGCGCAAACUAAAUAUUAUUCUAUAUAAAAUAAAUACGAUAGAUGAAAGGAUGGAGAUUCUUGAAGAACGUCGUUUAAUUUCUUAUUACAAACGUGAGGGGGAUAUUAACACUUUAAAUACAAAAGAAUUGGGAUUGCCUUUGUGCGAUGAAUUAGCACUUAAUACUCUAGAAAAUAAAUUGGAAGACAAUGAGUUUUUUGAAAGUAUGGUACAUACAUUAAAAGGCCUAGGAGGUGUUGAUGUGCAUUCUUGCACUAUUAAUAUACUUAAAAAAUUGAUGUCUAACUCUUUGGCCGAAAUGUACAGUUUUGCCGGAAUAAAAAAGAAAAAGGCUUUCCAGGAAUUGACUUUGUACAAAAUCAUACUUAAAACUGUCCGCAUUCAUUACAAGGACGUGACUGAGGAGGAAGUUGCCAAAUUUAUAGCGAAAUGGCUAGUACAGGCCAAAGCUCGUCGAGAGAGAAAAAAAUCUUCUAUUUCACUUGAUGAAAACAAAAAUAUGCAGAUAUGCAGCAAUCACGAUGAUGCCGAAGAUGAUUUAUGACGAUUUAAGAUGACUUAUGACGAUUUAAGAUAAUAUUUAUGACGAUUUAAGAUGAUUUGUGUGUUCA